AUGAAUGUUGGAGGAAACCAGUUGGAUAGCACUUUCCCAUGCAUGAUUCCGUUGAGCUUGCGCGUGCUUGUGUUGCGCCGCAACAGAUUCCAUGGAGGGCUGAGAUGUGACAAUAGGUGGCCAAAUUACAUAAAUCUUCAAAUUUUUGACAUAGCUAACAAUAACUUCAGUGGCAAUGUGGAUCCAUUGAGCUUUUCAGACUGGAGACAAAUGAUGAGAGAUACUGUCACAAAAUUGAGUUACAAAAACUUGGCUUUUGCAGUCCCAAUUUCCAAUAGUUCCAUGGCAGACGCGGACUUCAGCGAAAAGGUAUCACUAAUCAUCAACGGGGCAGAGCGGGUUCUUGUCAAGAUAUGGCCAGACUUUACAUCCAUUGACUUAUCUUGCAAUAAUUUCCAAGGAGGCAUCCCCGACUCAUUGGGUGAGCUCAACGCACUUUAUCUUCUCAACUUAUCCCACAAUAGUCUCACAGGAACAAUCCCUAAAUCAUUGAGUAACUUGACGGGGCUUGGAGCACUGGACCUCUCAGUGAACCAGUUAACCGGGAAGAUACCAAAGGAGAUUGCAGGGCUUACAUUCCUUCAGGUGAUGAAUGUAUCCCACAACAAGCUGGUCGGAGAGAUUCCAAUUGGCCCUCAAAUCCAAACAUUCCCCGGUGAUUGCUUUGAAGGAAACAUAGGUUUAUGUGGUCUCCCUCUCAGCAUUAGCUGCGCAAAGACUCAUGCUUCACCACCAAAUUUGGAAUCAGAUGGGGAGACAGAGAUCGAGUGGAAUUAUGUGUCUGCUGCUGCUGGUUAUGUUGUGGGCUUCGGAAGCUUUCUGUGGGUGCUCAUAUUUCGCCAAAGCUUCAGAGAGAGACUAUUUGAGAAAAUUGAGGAUGUUUAUGAGAAGAUAAUCAACCUUCGGAAAAAGAAGAAGAGAAGGGAUGUAGGAAGAAAAGUGCUAACCUGUUCCAUAUAUAUGUGCCUAAUCCUCAAAUUAUAUAAGACUUUUGGUUCUGGGAACUCUUCGGACCCAGUUUUCGCCUUGGACUUGAGCUGCUGA